ACAUACUAUGAACAAGCCUUAGUGCGCACUCAGUGCACACUAGUGCAAGCAACCGAAUUCGCUAUAAGUGUGCUCAGCCAUAUAUUGAAACUGAAACUGAAACUACGGAUCAAUUGAAAAGAAUAGAUCUAAGGUAGCAGAUAAAGCAGAAUUGAGAUAUAAACAAUGUGCUUACCUGAAUAUAUUAAUUCCUAAUUUAUAAAGGAUAAGUAAGUUAAAGGAAUUUGAAAAAGAAUAGUAAUUUCUUGUUAUAUUUUAAUACUGAUAUCAAAAUGGAUAAAUCUACUGCACAAGUUUUCUUGGAACUGAAAUCGUGUUGUGAUUAUCUGGUGAAAGAUCCAAAAAAAGACAACGUAUGUAGAUUUGUGGAAAUAAUAACUAACAACUCCCAUGUAGCCAUGCAAUACCUGUCAAAGUAUUGCUUAAAUUCUACUAUCAUUUCUUUACAAGUCAAAGAUUUAAGCAAGGAUAAAAAAGAAGAAUUGCUGAGGAUUCUGAAGCUUAUGUUACAAAAAAAUAAAAUUAGUGAAUUGAAGGAAUUUUAUUAUAUCUAUACAACUGUUUUGGUCCAGAUUUAUGAUAAGAAUGAGACAAACAAAGUAUUAAUAUUUCAUGAAGAACUUAAAGAACUGGUAGCUUUGUGUAUUAAAGACAUUAUCCUCCAAACCUGUACUGAUGUCAUAGAAUUGCUUUAUGAUAAAGAAAAUAGAAUAAAACUUGGUCAAGGAAUAUUACUAUGUAUAACAAUUGCAAAAACUGAAAAAUCAUCUGCUGUAAGAUUAGCAGCAAUAGAUGCAGUAAUGGCUUUGUGUUAUGUACAUAACGAAGUAAAUAAAUCUGAUAUUGUUCUGCGAGAACAGGUAGCUGAUACUAUUAUGACAUUUUUACCUGGUAUUAUUGGUGGAUUACAAGAGAUAAUAAUGGAAGGGGAAAUUCAGAAUCACAAAGUUACAGUGAUGGCAAUUCGAGCAUGGGGAAGAAUUAUAUCUCUUAUAAUGCAUGAUAAAGAAGAGACUAUAUUGUCUGUAGAAACAUUAAUGAAAAAAAGUACUCAUCACAGUACUUACUUGUUGGAUACUUCACGUACUAAAAUGUUUGAAAAUAACCUAAAACAAGAUAUCAGAAAUCAAGAUUGGUUUGAAGCUGUAGCUAUCAAACUUGGCACUAGUGUACAGCUUUUUGAAAAAAUCAGAAGUCAUUCCCAUUACAAAGUCAGGUUGGAAUUAGUUGAAACUAUUAGCCUUGUACUUCAAAAUUGUUUCAGAAAUAUGAAACCAAACAUUAUGGCAUUAAUAGAUCAUUUGAUUUCCUUAUCUGAAGAUGAAACUAUGGAUGUUAGUAUAAAAGCAUACAAUGUAUUGACUAUUAUAAGUGAAAACUUUAUGAGAAAUCAUAACGUGAAACUAACAAAUUUACUGGAAGAAAAAUUUUAUGGUGUACUUAUGCGAUUGCCUACUAUUGUUAGAUGGUCAAGUGAUGACGAACAAUUAGCAUCUUUGAAUCAAUUUGCUGGCUAUUUAAAGCUACUUGGAGAACAGAAUUUGCCAUAUAUAAUGAGCUCCCAAGCUCACACACGAAAAUUAUUUUUAGCUCUUAUAUACAUUAUGGAGAUAGAUUGCAGUGCAGUAUCUCUUUUACAGACAACAAAUGUGAAAGAUUUAGAUGCUCCUGCAUAUUUCUAUGGGUCAGAUGCAUGGAGACAGUUCAAGUUUAUUACAAAUAGCUCGUGUAAAGAGAAAAUUGUUGAAAUAUGCAAGCUACUUGGACAUUUUGGAAAUUUUAAUAUACUAGUUGACACUAUCCUCGAGCUUAUGUCAGAUGCACCAUCACAUAGAAAAGAACUGAGUUUGUUACUCAAUUGGAUUUUAAUUUCUGUCAAAGAUUCGUCCGUUUUACAUUUAUAUAAGGAAAUUGUGGAUUUUUAUACUUCAGAGGAAAUGUGGUACUUAUCUAUAGAAGUAACAGAAGCCACUUCUUUGGCACAAGCACGAAGUAACGUAGUACAGUGUUGUCUUUUAAUGGAAGGACUAGGCUGCAUAGCAAAAAAUUUACAACGUGACUAUAGCAUAUAUCUUUUAAAAACUUUAUAUUUAAUUAUGGAAAGAGCAGGUAGUGAGAACAGUUUAAUUAGUUACAUAGGAGUUCGCACUCUUGAAAUUAUCACAAAAGCGCAGCAACAUAGCACAAUUGGUGAUCUGUUACGUGCGAACGUGGAUUAUUUUUCCUUUCAUAUUAUAAUAAAAUUACGUCAAAUGGAACUUAAUACUGGAGUACUUGAUGUUAUCGAAGUUGUUAUGAAGUAUAGUGAAUUAGAUUUUUUACCAUAUCUGCAGGGAAUUGUAGAAAACGCACUGACGCAAUUAAGUAACCCUUUCCGCAAAAAAAAUAUUUAUUACUUCUUAAGGAUAUUUUAUACAUUUAUCACGUGCAUAAAAACGUUAGUAAUAUGCGAAGAUAUGGAAAAAUCAGAAGAAAAUAUACGAAUUACAAAUAACUUUUCCGAAACAAUUAUUAAUUCUUUACUCGAAUACUAUAAUGCUAAAAAUAUUGAUAAAAAACUGGAGAAUGAUAUUGAAGAGACAGAAUUGAAUGUAGAUGUAAAUAUUGAGCCAUCAGAAGAAUCAAACUCAACUUACACUGCUUUUAAUAUAGAAGACAAAGAAGAAAACAAGGAAUUGCCCAUCUAUACAAAGAUAAUAAUAAAAAUUAUGAAAUGUUGUUUAAACUUUCUACCUUCAAAUGAUAUACAAGUAUCGUUAAUGGCAAUGCAAACACUUCAAAUUGGUUUAGUAAUGUUGAUUCAGUGGGAAGAUGAACUAUUGCCUAUUGUACAUCAACUGUGGCAUCCACUAACUGAUAGGUUUAACGGUGGAAAUGUUAUCGUAAUUAAUCAUGCUUGGCAACUUUUGUAUGUUCUUGCCAGGAUAUCAAAUGAUUUUAUCAGAAGUAGAACUUUGCGAGACGUGCUGCCGUCCAUAUCUAAAUUCCUGAUCGAUUCUUCUAAGAAAAGUAUUAAUAAAGGAUCUGAAAAUAUCUAUAAAUUUACACAAAUCUACAAAUUGCAAUAUGAAUUAUUGUACACGUUGGGAAUAGUUGCACGACUUGUGAGACUACGUGAGCAAGAAUUAUGGAAACUAUUAAACGAUACGCAAUGUUAUCUCAGUACACGUCAAAAUCCUACAUUACAAGCAUCCUGUGUAAAAUUAUAUAAAGAAAUUGCUGAUUAUAAUGCAGAUAUUGUAUGGGUGAAAUGUCUCGGUAUUUGGAAUUCAAAUGUUGAGAAAAUAGUAUCGGAUGUAACAUUUGAUAUCAAAACUAUACUGAAUCCAACAGAUAUUGCAACGUCAAACGAAUAUUACAAAAAUGUACAAGAUAUUAUUAUGUAUAUCGAAAGAAAAACAUCCGAUAUAUGUUAAAAAUAUAUAUUGAUACUUUAGGAAAAAUAUAAUGAUAAUAAUAUAAUGUCUUAAUUUAAAAUUGUUUAA